GUGCCACGUGCAACACAGCUUGCUUGGCAGAGGCGCACGCACCAUCCCGUGACGUGAACUCACACGAACUUGAGAUUCUGGUGGUACCCCUGCGCACGUUACCUUCGCCGGAGCUCGGACUCUUCUGCGGUGGUACAUACCACAUCAAAUCACCCAUCGCACCCAUUUUCUCGACACCGACACAUGUGGCGAGAAACAACACCUACCUAUCGGCAGUGCCGCUAGCGGCUAGAGAGUGAGGAUGACUACAGCAGCCGAAGUGGACAAGGUUCCGGUGGCCGCGGCCAAGGACGUCAUCUCCAGCAUCUUCGGGUCGGCAGCAUGUGUUUACACCGGACAGCCUCUAGACACAAUCAAAGUGCGAAUGCAAGCUCGUCCGGACGCCUUCAGUGGCACGUUCCAAUGCCUGAGAAGGACACUAGCGGAGGAAAGCAUCACGUCGCUGUGGAAGGGGUCGACGCCGGCCCUGGGUGGCGCCGUCCUGGAGAACAUGGUAGCUUUCGGGGUGAACGAGCAACUCAAGCGCGUCUUCCCGGACAAGGACGGGUCGUCAGCCCCGUGGUGGCAGCCGAUAUUGUUCGGAGGCGUGACGGGCGUCUUCACCACCGUGGUUGUCUGCCCCAGCGACGUCAUCAAGUCCAAGGUUCAGGUCGGACGGUCAAUGCGAAAGGGGGUAGCAGUGUCGGCCAAUGCAGAGGCCAAGGGGCUGCCGGUGCUCAACGCGACACGGAUGACGGCGCACAUCUUGCGAACGCAGGGAGUACGAGGCCUGUUCGUCGGGCUCGGUGCCCAGUUCGCCAGAGACGUACCGUUCUACGCGGCGUUCUUCGGAACGUACGAGACGGUCGUCGACCGCGGGAAGGCGCUGCCGUACGAGAUAACCCCGGAGGUGUUGUACUUCUUGGCGGGUGGCAUGGCGGGGGUGGUUGGGUGGGCGGCCGUGAUGCCGCUAGACUCGGUCAAGUCUAUCAUUCAGACGACGGACAAGCCCGAGUCUUUGCUCCGGACCUUGCAAACGGUCGUCCGUACGAAGGGGUGGCAAGCGCUCUUCAUCGGCUUGAACGCCGCUCUUGCCCGUGCUUUUCCCGCGAACGCGGCCCUCUUCUUGGGAUACGAAAUCGUGCGCAGGGCGUUGUAG